AAAAAUUAGAGAGAGAAUGUCUUAGAAUCCACUAGGGAACAGAGUCCAGUCCAAAUCCUGUGGCUGUGGUGUCCGUUUCCCUUAACUCGAGUUUGAAGUCUCAACCAAAGUUGCUGAACACCAGACAAUAAAAGAGUAAAAACAGCAAUACCCCCAAAAAAGGUAACAUCUUUGGUCCAAACUCAUCCAAAAAAUUGUAUUUGCUCAAAGUUUUCAAGUAAAGAUUUCAUCUUUUUUUUAUUUGUGGCUAGUUUUUGCUUGCUUAAUCCAUGGCUUCUUCCAUGCUCAGCGGAGCUGAAAGCUUCACUCUCAUCAGAGGGGUAACCCCAAAAAGGAUUGAUUUUUUAGGGUCAGGUUUUCACGGGGAACACUUGUCCAAUCUGGGUUUUAUCUCUAGUACUAGAAUCUCCAGGCCAUUAACAACGAUGGCCCCUAAGUGCAGCUUAUCAGCAUCAAGGCCUGCUUCACAGCCAAGAUUCAUACAACACAAAAAGGAGGCUUUUUGGUUCUACAGGUUCCUGUCAAUCAUUUAUGACCAUGUGAUAAACCCUGGUCAUUGGACUGAAGACAUGAGGGAUGAUGCACUGGAGCCGGUUGACCUCAACAACAGGAACAUGAUUGUUGUAGAUGUUGGUGGUGGAACUGGUUUCACUACUUUGGGUAUCGUUAAGCAUGUGGAUGCUAAGAAUGUUACAAUUCUCGACCAAUCUCCGCACCAACUCGCCAAGGCUAAGCAGAAGGAGCCCCUCAAGGAGUGCAAGAUAAUUGAAGGUGAUGCCGAAGAUCUCCCCUUCCGUACUGAUUAUGCUGAUAGAUAUGUCUCUGCUGGCAGCAUAGAGUACUGGCCAGACCCACAGCGAGGCAUCAAGGAAGCAUACAGGGUGUUGAAACUAGGAGGAAAAGCUUCUCUAAUUGGUCCUGUGUACCCUACAUUUUGGUUGUCUCGCUUCUUUGCGGAUGUUUGGAUGCUUUUUCCCAAGGAGGAAGAGUACAUUGAGUGGUUCGAAAAGGCUGGAUUUAAGGAUGUUCAACUCAAAAGGAUUGGCCCUAAAUGGUAUCGAGGAGUUCGUAGACAUGGUUUGAUCAUGGGAUGCUCCGUAACCGGUGUUAAACCUGCAUCCGGGGACUCUCCUUUGCAGCUCGGGCCAAAGACGGAGGAUGUAUCGAAGCCAGUAAACCCAUUUACAUUUCUCUUACGCUUUUUACUGGGUACCAUGGCAGCAACGUAUUAUGUAUUGGUCCCUAUCUAUAUGUGGUUAAAGGACCAAGUCGUACCGGAAGGUCAACCAAUCUAAACAGCCAGCGACCAGGGCUACUGCCACCCUUCCUAGCUGCAUAUAUUUCUUUAGGUACAUCUUAUGUAAUGUAAGACACCUUGUAGCUAUGUGAGCUUUUUGUAUUUUCUUAACCAGUGUUAUUUGAUCCA